AUGUCGUGGCUUUUGAAAAAAGUUAUUCACAAUGAGGCGAUGAAAGAAGAUCCGAAGGAGAUCUAUGGGUGGAGGGUCUUUAUGCUGGCUUGUUCAGCUUGUUGCGGAGGAAUGCUCUUUGGUAUGGAUUCUGGUAUCAUUGGCGGUGUUCUCACAAUGCCUGAGUUCAAACGCACAUACGGCCUGGAAAAUGCCUCCAAGGUCGAACAAGCCAACCUAUCAGCCAACAUUGUGUCCACCCUCCAGGCAGGCUGCUUCUUCGGAGCAUUGUUCGCAUCUCCAAUUACCGAAAAAUGGGGUCGCAAAAUGUCCCUGAUCGGGGCGGCUGUGGUAGCCGUCCUCGGAAUCGUUAUGCAAUGUGCAGCCAGUGGCCACCUCGAAGCCAUGUAUAUAGGACGACUAAUCACAGGAUUUGGAGUCGGCGCUGCAUCCAUGAUCAACCCACUGUACGUCUCCGAAAACGCACCUCGCGCCAUCCGCGGCGGUCUUACAGGUCUUUACCAACUCUUCAUCACCAUGGGCAUCAUGCUGGCAUUCUGGAUCAACUACGGCUCUCUCCUGCACAUUAAAGGUCCUGCCGUAUACCUCGUCCCGCUAGCCAUGCAAGGCCUACCAGCAGUCCUGCUAUUCUUCGGAAUGCUACUGUGCAACGAGUCGCCCCGCUGGCUAGCCAGACAGGACAGAUGGGAAGAAGCCCGCGCAACACUCUGCACAGUGCGCAAUUUGCCAAGUGGCCAUCCAUACCUCGAAGCAGAGUUCCAGGAUAUUGCCACGCAGCUCGAGCAGGAGCGUGCUCUUGUCGGCGGAUCCGGCUUCUGGGAUCUUAUGAGAGAGAUGUGGACGAUCCCCGGUAACAGGAAACGCGCUAUCAUUUCAAUUGUCUUGAUGAUUUGCCAGCAAAUGACUGGCACGAAUGCGAUUAAUUAUUACGCUCCUCAGAUCUUCAAAAACCUUGGCGUUGUCGGAAACGCAACAAAUCUAUUCGCAACUGGCGUCUACGGAAUCGUGAAAAUGGUCGCCUGUGGCGUCUUCCUCAUCUUCGUAGCUGACUCGCUUGGUCGUCGCCGUUCCCUCCUAUGGACAUCCAUCGCCCAAGGCCUGGCAAUGCUUUACAUCGGGUUGUACGUUCGCAUUGCUCCGCCCGUUGAGGGUGCACCCGUCAUUCCAGCUGGGUAUGUAGCGCUGGUGUGUAUCUUCCUAUUCGCGGCCUUCUUCCAGUUCGGGUGGGGACCCGUGUGCUGGAUCUAUGUCUCUGAGAUCCCGACUGCGCGGCUGCGCUCGUUGAACGUUGCUUUUGGAGCGGCGACGCAAUGGCUGUUCAACUUUGUGGUUGCUAGAGCUGUACCGAAUAUGUUGGCUACUGUUGGUGCUAAUGGUUACGGAACUUAUAUCAUUUUCUCUUGCUUCUGCUUCUCGAUGUGUGUCUUUGUUUGGUUCUUCAUUCCUGAGACUAAAGGUUUGUCUCUCGAGAAGAUGGAUGAGCUCUUUGGUGUUGCCCAGCUCCUGGAUCACAAGACGGCCGAUGUGGAGCGGACCUCUGUUGGUAGAGCUUCUAUUGGCGGAGCUUCUGUUGGGGAAGUGGGCAAGUCCUCCCAAGCGCAUGUUGAGAGAGUGGCCUAG